CUGGAAGUCUGGAACCCAGAAUGCGGGUUCUGCGCAUAUGGGUAUAUGCUAUACCCAUAUUUCUUCUGGCUAAAAAGAAACCUUUCUAUUGCCUCGUAACCAACAUGGCGGCGCCCAGUGCAACGAGACCGGGAGUGACUACAAUUACAACAAGCUUCCAGAAGAAAACAAGGGGGAAAGUAACGCAAAUACCUGGGACCCGCCCAUCUUUACAGAAUGGGCAAUUACUUGUAUCAAGUGGGGUUCCUUCACUGGAUUUUGUUGUUGGAGGGGGUAUUGCUGUUGGGACCACCUUUCUCAUUGAGGAAGACGCAUAUGGUAACUAUGCUUCACUGUUGUUACGGUAUUUCCUAGCUGAAGGAGUAAUGACUGGUCAGAGUUUGUUCUUAUCCAGUGCAGAUGAAAAACCACAGAAAAUGUUAAAGAAUCUACCGUGUCCUGUAGAGGAUGAUCCUGUGAAAAAGGUGGCUGAAACGAUCAGAGACAAUGAGGGCGCUGUAAGCUCUGAAGAUAGAAUGAAGAUAGCCUGGCGGUAUGAACAUCUUCCUAAACACCAGUCUACUCCUUCAACACAUCGGUUUGGCCACUUCUACGAUCUCAGUAAAUCAAUGCCAAGUGACAGAUUAUCCAGCAUUUCCUGUCAUUGUGUACCUAUGAAUGAUGAAUCUGGUUCUGUUUCACCCUACCUGAGGUUAUUUCAACACAUUGAGCAGCAGAUUACUGAAGGAGGCUUUAGUUUGUUACACAAACAGUCCAGCAACAGAAAUAUCUUAAGAAUUGCCAUCCACUCGUUGGCAUCACCCUUAUGGGGGGAGGAGCAGGUUGUCAGCCAGGGGGUGGAACUUUGCCAGUUUCUUCAUGCACUCCGUGCCUUGCUUCGCAACUCUCUAGCAGUAUGCGUCAUCACUAUGCCAACACAUUUAUUUGCAGAUGUAGCUGUCAUAAGGCGAGUAGAGAGGUUAUGUGACACGGCCGUGAGAUUGGAAUCAUUUGCUGGAUCGGACAAGGAAAAGAAUCCUGUGUACAAGGAGUAUCAUGGAUUAUUUCAUAUCAAGCAACUGCCAAGAUUAAACUCAUUGAGUGGUCAUAUGCCUGACACCACGGAUCUAGCCUUUAAAUUGAAGAGGAAGAAACUGACUAUUGAGAAGUUACAUCUGCCUCCUGAGUUAUCAGAGACGGUCAGCAGGCCGCAGGAAGAUCCAGUACUAAGUGCAAUAGCGCCCUCUCUGGGUUGUGGGUCAACUGGUGGACGAAGCAAAUUGGAUUUCUGAGUCAACCAGAUACCCCUCUCUCUCCAGUUGUAGGCAUCACGCUCUGACUAAUGAUAUGGGCAGAUAUGAAAAUGAUGACCCCUGUGUCAAAGGUCAUGCAGACUUUGACCUGCUUGCUUCCCUGUGACCCUACAACUGAGAAACUGAGACUGGACAGUAUAAUGGAAUGAAAUGGUGACCUCCUUCAAAGUGACAUUUUAAUCACAGCGGCUCAGUUGUUUUACAAUGCAGCAUCUGCAAAAGAAGAAAAAGCAAGGAGUAAAUGAAAUUACUUAAGAGAAAAGUAAUUCAACAGCACCACGUGUUUCUCCUUACUUGAGAAACUGGAGGCCUCUUUGGAAGUCUGGAUUUUUUAAACAUUUAUGUAGAGAAUAUGUUUUGAACCAUUACCAUUUGUUAGAAAAGCACUUGUCCUCCAUAGCAUAUAGACAGAAACGAUUUUGAAAGAAAUCUUUUUGAAAUAUUAAUUAUUUGAAGGCUUAUCAUACGUCAGAGAAGCCUUGCAAGUUUUUUGUGCGAAAAUUAUUUCUAUGUGAUUUUGAGCAAAGUUUGGUCAGAAGUCAAAAGACUCUUGAAUUUGUAUUAAAUUUGAAAUCUAGAUGUCUCACACAUGAUCCAAGUACUUUUCUUUGUGUUCCAAUAUUAUUUCUAUAUGGUUCAGAGAAAAGUUGAAUUUUGGUCUGAAUUUAUUUAUUUUGCUAUGCACCUCAUGUAUUUCAUUAAAAAAAUUCGGCCUAGAUUUUGUAUUAAAUUUGAGAUUGAAAUGCCUUUCAGCUUAUCCAAAUGCACUAUUUUUGUUCAAAAAUUUAUUUCUGUGUGAUGUUGAGAAAAGUUAGUUUUGAUUUAUGUUGUUUCAACUUUAGAAUGAGUACGAAAUUUGAAACCAUGAUGCCUUAAAGAUGAUCCAAAUAUAUUCCUUUUUGUUCAAAGUGAUUUUUGAGUGAUUUUGGGAAAAGUUAAAUUUUGGUCAAAAUUUAAUUAGUUUGCAAGGCUGCCCCCUGCAAUUUUUUUUUAUUUCGACGUUCGAAUUGUAAAUGAAUUUCAAAUCUAGAUGUCAGAAAUAUGAUCUAAGUACACUCUUUUUGUUUCAAACUGAUUUUAGGUGAUUUGAGAAUAGUUGAAUUUUUGUCAAAAUCUUAUUAUUUUGCAAGGCAUUGCAUUUUUAAAUUUUGACUCGUGAAUUUGCAUUGAAUAUGAAAUAUGCAUAUUUUUAAAAUGAUCCAAAUGCAUGGCUAGUUGUUCAAAAAUGAUCUCUGAGUGAUUUUGAGAAAAGUGAAAUGUUAGUAAGUUUCCUUUCGUUAAUUAUUUGAGCCUAGCCUUGUUAAAUUGACAAAUAUGACUGCAGUUUGCCAGGGUUAAAUAAAAAUAAGAGUAACCUUAUCGUAUACUGCCAUCCAGGAUAUUUCGAGGAUGAAUAAAUUACUUUGUCUAGGAUUAACUGGCCAGUGAUUGAUGAAGUGAAAAAUACUUUCCUUUCUUUGAAAACACUGGUAUGGGAGCCGCAAAAAAUUUGACUUGCACUCAGGGGGCGCUGUUCAUAAGACGUAAAUCCUUCAUGUGUAAAAUUGAGAUUGCCGUAUUAUUUUCUCGUUAUAAAAUGUAUUGUUCAGAGCAGCGGGUAAUAAUCCAACAAAUUAAA